UUCUUUUGUAUGUCAAAGUGUUAAAUUAAAUAUUGAAUAAAUAAAUAGGAAAAUAUCAAAAAAUGUAAAUCUCCUAGGAAAACAGGGAGGAUAUACAUUAAAUGUCAACUUUUUUAACAUAUUAUAAUUGCUGUGUUAAUCCUAAACUAGAUAAAUCAUGUGGAACCGUGCAAUGUUUAUUUAUCUUGUGCUCCCCCAUAUACAAAAAAUGAAACAUGAAAUGUAAUGAUCUGAAUGUUUAUUAAAUGAAAAAUGAGUAGAUUGCUGUUCAAGUCUUUUAUAUUCAUUUUUAUUAUACAUAUUUGGGCAAGUGAAGAAGAAUGUCCUUAUAAAUGUAUAUGCAAAAGAAGUACUCAAAAAGAUGGAGCAAAUUACUUAAAAAUGAAGUGCGGCGAGGUCGAGAAGGUAUUACAUUUAGAUGAACUGGAACUGUUAAAUAUAGCCAGUGAACUGGUGCAACUAAAUUUGUCCAAUAAUAAUUUACAGUCUUUCUCGCCUAAGGUUCAGUUAAUAGCACUUCAAAAACUGGAUUUGAGUAAAAAUCAAAUAACUGAUCUACAACAACAUCAAUUCGCAGAAGUACCAAAUUUGAGGAGACUGGACAUAUCUAUGAACAAUAUCAGGCAUAUCGACCUAUUAGCUUUCCAUAAUUUGAAACAUCUAGAGAGGUUGAAAAUGAAUCAAAAUCAGAUAACUUCAAUAACAUUUGGAACGUUCACUCCAUUAGAAAAUCUAAAGCAAUUGGACAUAUCGAGCAAUCCAUUGGUCUGUGACUGUGGAUUGCUAUGGCUCUUAGAUUGGAGCCAGAAGUACUCAGUCAAAUUAAUUUCAAAUCCUAAGUGCAAUUCACCGGCGUUAUUUAAAGGUCACCCAUUGCGAAAAUUAAAAAUUGGGGAUGAUAUUCACUGUAAGUCUCCGGCUGGCAAUAACGGUUUGCCGAUAAUCGAACUGAAACCUGACGAAAACCAGGUAGUCUUCGAAGGGGAUGCUUUAACGUUACAAUGCUACGCUCCCAGUAUAACAGAUUCCUAUGAGGAACCUACCCAUUCCAAACUCGACUGGACUUGGCUGGACGUUAACCCAGAAGAGCACUUUCCGGGUCUAGACAUAGAAAACCAAAUUUUACCGAGUGCGGGGCGUAUUGGUAGCACUAUAACUAUUUCCAAGUUGAAAAGAAACCAUACUGGCAUAUGGAACUGUGUGUAUUUCUCAUUGCAGGGUAAUCACUCGAAGGGUAUUGCAGUUGUCGUUAUAUCGGACGAUACAAAAUAUUGCCCGAUGACGGUGACGUCAAACAAUAAAGGUACUUAUAACUGGCCUAGGACUAUCAUUAACUAUACGGUGAUGAUACCUUGUGAGUCGUUAAACUUAAACUAUGAUGUGAACCAUCAGAAAGUGUCUUACGAGUGUUCCAGUAAAGGCGAGUGGGUUAAUUUAAACACUUCCAUGUGUUCCUACAUAUCAGACACAACGAAAAUUUUGGAACAGUUUUCAAAAGUCAACUCCAGUAUAGAAGAGAGCGCAAAGCAUUUUAGAAACUAUACUCUCAACCGUACCAUCUUUAAAGAUGUAAUGGACUUGGUGUAUGCGAUAGAAACUAUAGAGAAUUACAUAAAAUACGCACCUUUGGAACAUAUCGCAACUAUCGGAAGUAUCUUGAUGGACGUUACAAAUAAUUUGAUGGAUCUACCACGAUUUUAUCUACGAGAAGCAGAUUUAGAAUACGGGAGUUGUAGACGGAUGGUAAAUGCUACGGAAACCCUCGCGUCGUUGAGUACUUCCUCAAUCUUGCACAAGAACAACUUGGCACUGGAGAUAUUCCCAGUGAAGAAAGAAGGGUUUCUAGGUAUGAAAUGUACUUGGUACGUGAAUCCCAGUAAUCGAAAGGAUUCCCUUUUCUCCUGUGCUUCGAAUAAUCAGCAAGAUACGCCGAGCUUGAAAGGAAAAAUCACUGAAGCUUCUGUUACUAUACCGGAAAGUCUAUUUCAUCAGUUGCAAGAUGAACAAGAUAUCGUUCUUAAUAGUAAAGUGUACAAUAUUUUAGUCACUAUGCAUUCUACGAGUAAACUAUUUCCUAUAGACGAGAGAAGAAAAGGCAAAGAGGAUGUCACCUCAUGCGUCGUGGGGGCUAAAUUAGUGGAAAUUCCUGUAAAAAACCUCUCAAAUCCUGUUUUCAUAAUGCUGAGAACCCCGUCCACGAUGGCCUAUGAAGUGACGCCCUUUAUACCCGUAUGGUGGGACCCAGACUUGAAUAACGGUACGGGAAGUUGGUCGUCGGAGGGUUGUCAAUUUAGCCACGAACUGCAGGACCACCUGGUGUUCUCGUGCGACAAUUUCGGUUACUACGGGCUGCUGCAAGAUGUCUCUCAGUUCCAGAACAGCCCGACAGGCGCCAAAUUCAAGCUGUCCCAUCCCGCUAUUUAUAUAGGUAGCAUCAUUUUAUUCAUAUCAUUUCUAAUUGUAGUGAUGACAUAUUUGUUGUGCUACACGUCUAUACAAAUGCCGAAAAAAGCGAAGCAUUCUCUCAUAAACACGUGGAUAACGAUAUCGCUUCUGUGUUUCAUGUACGUUUUCGGAAUUUACCAAACUGAAGACGUUAAGGUUUGUCAGGUGGUGGGGAUGACCCUGCAUUAUUUUACGUUGUGUUCGCUUCUGUGGAUGUGCGUCGGCAUCAAUUGCAUGUACAAACGUCUGAGUAAAAAUGAUAUAAUAGGUUUGCAGGAUGACGACUUACCUUCCGAACAACCGGUUCAGAAGCCCAUUUUAGGUUUGUACCUGGUGGGUUGGGGAAUAGGGCUUAUAAUUUGCGGUUUGUCGGCUGCUAUCAAUAUGAACGAGUACGCGUCACCGACUCACUGCUUCCUACGGACAGGCCCAGCUUUAAGUGCUUUGUACGUACCUUUUGCUAUCCUCACGAUAUUUUUGAGCAUAUUUUUCCUGCUUAUAAGAUGUGCGAUAUAUAACCUAGACACUAACGGACAUCUAAGCGAAGGAACACAAGCAACGGAGCAUGUCGACUUAGAUUUAUUAGAGCCGAACUUUCCUAAUGUCGAAACUAGAAGCGUGCGGAGUGUUUCUACGAAAACUGCUUCGACUGAAGUUGAAGAUCCAGAACAUGCGCCAUCCGCACAGCUAAAGGCCUAUGUAAUUUUUUUCUUCAUGUAUAUAACCGCGUGGUUAAGUUGCGCUUUUGCGACUGUACCACCAUUUCAUAUAGUUUCAUACGAAGAGGAUUUGUUCAGCAUAGCGUUUGCUAUCUCAGCUACUACGUUAAGUGCAUUUACGUUGUUUUUCUAUUGCAUAGCUCGGAACGACGUGCGAACCCAGUGGGUCGCUUUGACGAAAAGGAUGAAGCAGAAACGUAGCUGCUUUCGUACGAGGAACGUGUCAGAUACGCCGCCUCCUAUACCACAAAUUCAAAUACAGCCACUGCCGUUGCCACCCGUUUGUAACUUGGAGAGUCAAAUUAUUUCUAGGUCUACGAGUAGGAGUUCCAGUCACACGAAAUCGAAUUCUCAUACUAGUAAUAUUUUAAAAGGUGCAGUGGAUUUGAACGGCAGUUUCAACGAUCACCAGGGGGCCAAGAUCAACAACGUUAAUUUAGUUAUACUGCAUAGGGCGCAGUACAGGUCUAAUAUUAUCCCGAAUAUUAUAGAGAAUCCUACAAAUGCCGCGGAAGUCUUUUACAACCCUCAUCAAAGCACAGUCGCGAGGAAAUUCUUUAAACGACAGAAGAGGAACAUGAUGAAGAAGAAUAAUUUAGCAAAACCGCCAAGAGAUAUCAAUAGCGAUACCGCUUCAGUGUUCUCCGAACCGAAGGUGAAGAUCAAGAAUAGCAACGAACAGAAUAUCUUUGGCACAAACUCUAAAGUGAACAACACGAAUAUCCAUGUAGAACAUACGCGAAAGAUUCAACAGAAAAACCCGAAUAUAUUUUCCGAUAGUGCUGAAGAUUUCGACACUGUAUCCAACGUCCCUGUGGAAAAUAUCGUAAUGAACGCGGAGAGGUUGCGCAAAAAAGAACUAUCAAGACACAAAAACAAGAAAAGGCACAAUAACGUCACUAAGUCGCAUUCGGAAAAAACCGACAACAAUAUGAGAUCGGUAUCGCAGCAGUGCACUUUAGACUACAGUUCCGAGACCGUUUCUGAUUCCAUUUUGGAUAAAACGAGCCCCGACAAGAACUUGCUGCCGAAUCAAGAAAGUUUUAUGACGGGUGCCAGCGAAGUUCUGCCUUGUAUUCGCCGUGAGAACAGCCCUUUAAGUCUUUUUACGGUGAACGACCCAACUUAUUGUCAAAUCAAUGAAUUACCCAGCGACAGUACGAUACACAAUGAAUUUUACUUGAAGCCAGGCAAAGAUACGUGUCAUCGAAAAGGGGGGAAACUUAAAGCCGAACCCUCCGAUCUCAGUUUUAGCUUAAUAACUUCGUCUUUUUGUGGCGCUUCCACCCCUAGGAUGUACAUUAACCCCUCGCAUGACUUGAGAUUGGGUAAGGGUGAUGGGCAAAGCAGGACAAGUAGUAUUUCGGUCAGCGAUCUGGACGAACUAUACCAGCAGAUUAGGAGAGGACCCCAGCCUAAGAGGUCUCGAAACUUGUACGGUACGACUCACGCCAGUCCUUGCCUUUCGGAUUCCGAAAUUAACUCGUAUGUUAGUGAUAUUAGACAACGACGUAGGGCCUCGCAUAGUCACAACUUUGACCAUUUGAGCGAUGAUGUAGAAACGACCGUUUAGUGAUAUUUUUCCAAGGAUCUGACCCUCAGAGUUGCAUUAGAAUGGUUGCAGCUUCAAAUAUAAUUUAUUGAGUAUUUUAAAGAAAUGCCGAAUUGUAAAUAUUAGAUAUUUUAUGACCCUUGACGUUCUUUUUUAUAGACAUUAUUUAGACCAAGACUAAAAAUCUGUCUCGAAUAAUUUAUUUAUGUCCUAUUUUUAUAUCUUGUCAAAAAUUUGUUACAAUUCUCUUCAAAAAAUUGUUACAAUUUUCACGAAAAGAAAAAAAAAUGUUACAAUUAUGAAAAAAAAUUGUUACGUUCACGAUAAAUGCUUCAUCAAAUAAUCAGAUUUUUUUGACAAAGGCCGGGAUAUCCAAUACUGAAAUUUAAUGUAUUUUAAGAUUAAAGGCAAGGAUAAAUAUUCUCUUAAAGAGGAAAAGGGUAUACAAUACAAUAAGAGACUAUUUGGGUGACAAAGAAAAAUUAUCUGAUAGUUGUAUGUUUUGAUAUUAAAAAUAAUAUUAAAUAUACUGGCUGUCCCAUUUUAAUUGAUACACUUAAAUAUCUCGUCAGAGAAGCAACCAAUCGAAAAAUGGCCUAAAGUAAAUGUUGUUCAGUUCACUAAGGAAACUAGAUGCUUACUUAGGAUUUGACCUUGACCUCAAUUGAUGGUCAACUUCGGAAUUUUAAAUGGGACCCUCUAUUUUUAACCUUGGAAAUGGAUUCAGCGGAAACUUUUACAUCCGGAUGUGAUUACUUUGACCUUGAGGCAAGGUCAAGGUCACAGUGUCACCCAUGAAGCAGCCUCGGAAUAAGAUGUUGGCCUCCAGAAUCGAUGGGAUUUACAUCAAGGUACUUAAUCACAACCUUCAAUUUGUCCUUGACCUUCACUUUGUCAAGGUCAUUUGAAGGUCGACUACAAUAAAAUCGACCAUCACCUAUACUGAUGUUCCGAAAGAUGUUGAAUUUGAAGGUUCACUUUGUUUUCUUUUCUGCCAGGCCGUGUAUUACUUAGAUCAGAUCCUUGGAAAAAGGUAAAUUUGUAUCCAAGUACGCUGCAAAGUAAGGGAUCAAAUAAAAAGGUCAUUUGAAGAUCAGGUGAAGAUUUAAGUCUAGAAUAUUAACGUAAUGACAACAUAAUUCAAUAGCUCACAAAUAGUAGUUUUUUAUAUUUUCUCAAUUUUUCACCGUCAGUCAGUUUUAUUUUGUAAUGUACUCAGAUAUAUCUUUCAAUUUUCAAGUGAAGUUAUAUCUUCAUUGAGUAACAAGAUAUUUUUAUCAUUCUCCCCUCACUUGUUCGUAGCAUUAUUUUUUCCUACAAUUGUUAUAGUCGACUUUCAAAUGACCUUGAUAAAGUGGAGAUCAAGGACGAAUCGAAGGUCGUGAUUAAGUAGAGAUAUUCACGUGUAUCAAUUAAAAUGAGACACAUGUAUAUGCAAAGAAUUGCCAAUUUUAAUUUUAGACAACCCUCAUUUAUCAAUUUACUGAGUUUAUCUUUGUAAAAAUUAUCGCUUAGGUAUUAAGGGUUGAGAUUAUAAGGUACAAAUUUGAUACUCGUAUUUUAAAAACAUAGCAUCGAGAUAUUUAUUGAAUUUUAGAUUAUAUAUUUUCAUGUGCCUAUGUAUUAUAAUUUAUGAUAUUUUAAGUAGUAAAGAUGAAUUUAAAUUAAGUUAUUGCUACAAUUGUCUCUCUAUUAAGUAAUUAAACAUUAUAAGGUGAUUCGUAAAGAAUUGACACAGGGCAAGUGCAUAUAGAGAACACAAUUUACCUCUAUCCCGCGUUAUUUUGUUUAGCUGUUAGAUGAUCUUGAAUGAAUAUUUUUAGUUUUUUUUUUCAAAUAACCUAAUUUUUUUGGCUGGUGGCCUUACAACGUUUUUUUUUUAACAUAUUAGCAUGAAUCCUACACGAUUUUUCUCUCAUAAAUUUUUUGUAUUAACAGUUCAUUUAAUUAUUUCAUUAAUCAUCUCUAAGGUAUGACAUUUUUAGUUCGUAGGUAGGUAGUAUCCGGUUACGUCGCAGCGUAACAGAUGUAUGUUUUUCGUUCUUUCUUUAGCAAAGAAAUUUUUUCUGUGCCUUAAGAAGUAAAUACAUAGCUAUGUCGAAAUUAAGUACUAACAAACAAGUGUUUCUGCACGUAUUACAUCUUGUCGUAGAAACAAUUGGUUGGUGUUACCCAAGUGUAGAUGAAUUAAUAGCACAGACCAAGGCAGUGUUUCUCAAAUCCUCGAAACGUAUUCGUCAAUUCCACCAACAGUGUCCUGGCAUUCCAGAACAUCCACAACCCAUUUCAAAAAAUAAAAUCCGUAAUUUUACAAUUUGACGCGAAAGAAUUCGCUGUUAUUCAGAAGAGCUAAAUAAAAUUUUAAGAUAGUCGAGUUGAAGCACAAUUGGAAAAUAUUUACAACAAUUACAUUCCAAUUGCGGAUGCUAUAAAAAAAACUGCAUUAUCGUCAGAUGAAUCACUGCAAAUAGUAGGACAUACAAACAGUGAUAUAUGCAGUGGCGGCCUGUGGGUUUGACUACAGGAGGGGUGCAUUUUGAAGAGAGAAUGUAUAUGAGGUGUGGGGCGAAAAAUUUUGAGGAAUUUCAAGGUUAUUGUGUUUUGCAAGUAAAUACCCCAAAAUGAAUACUGUCAGUGUGUAGGUGGUAAACAUGGGCAUCACUAAGAUAACCUAAACGGGGAUCAAUUUUUGCACUAUAGUCUAUCAGUUCUAAAAAUACCCCUUUGUUUACCGAGUCACUUUUUUCAUUAUGUCCACGAAGAGGAAGGUUACAUGUACCACAUAGUUUUAAGAUAUCUAUAAUUUUUUAAAGAAGCAAUCGAUUUUUCUUAACUGUAUCGUUAUGACUAAGUAUUUAUUUGUUCUGCAUCAAGAUGCAAUAUUUAUUCUUCCUAAGUAAAAAACUCUCCAAGUUAUUUUUGUGUUUAGGAUCAUUUUCAUGUUUUUUAAUUUUGUCCGGUAAAUGUUUCAAGU